AUACUCCAUCGUCUUCUACACACUUCCAUCACUCUUUUAUUUGCUUUCAUUUCAGUUACUGUUUCGAGUUCUUCGAUUCGUUUGUUCUAAAAAACCCUAGAAAGCAAAGAAAUUUGAAAGAAGAAGAAGAAGAUGUUGGCGAUUUUCAACAAGACAGUAGCGCAUCCACCACAGGAGCUGCACAGUCCUGUUUCCUCUUCGAGGAUUGCUAAAAAGCCUAAUCUUCCGGACGAGAUUCUCAAGGAUUUCCUCUCUUCCCAUCCCAAUAAUGCCUUCUCCAUGUCCUUUAACAAUGAUGCCGUCCUCGCUUACGUUCGUCCUGACCGAACUUUCUCCCUCCACAGCCAAAGGUUAUUCUGUGGGUACGAUGAAAUAUACUGUGUAUUCCUGGGAAGCUUGAACAAUCUUUGCAGCCUCAUCAGGCAGUAUGGAUUGUCCAAGAACGCGAAUGAGGCUAUGCUCGUCAUCGAAGCCUACCGCACCCUCCGAGACAGGGGGCCUUACCCUGCUGAUCAGGUCGUCAAGGAGCUGGAUGGUAGCUUCGCUUUUGUCGUCUUUGAUCGCAAGGACGGAACUGUUUUUACUGCUCUCAGUUCGGAUGGAGGAGUUAAGUUGCAUUGGGGGAUCGCAGAGGAUGGUUCGGUGGUAAUUUCUGACGACUUGGAAGUCAUUAAGAGGAGCUGUGGCAAAUCCUUUGCACCUUUCCCAACUGGGUGUAUGUUUCACAGUGAAGGAGGGUUGAAGAGCUUUGAGCAUCCGAUGAACAAGUUGAAAGCAAUGCCAAGGGUAGAUAGUGAAGGGAUAAUGUGUGGGGCCAACUUCAAGGUUGAUGUCUUCUCAAGGAAUACUAGCAUGCCACGUGUUGGCAGUGAAACCAAUUGGUCUGAUUGGAAUUCAUGUUAGCGCCAACCAUCAGUAGUGAUCAUACCAUUCCCUUACCCACUAUAUUUCAAGCCAUCAAUUCUGACCAGAAGAAAAUCAAACACCCAGCAACCCCCCUCCCAUCCCCACCUCAACAUUUGUACAUAUGCGAGUUUUCUAUUGGCUCUAGGAUUUUUUUUUAAAUGAUUUUUUGUUUGUAGUGAUGUUGUAAUGCUCCUCUGUUUAUUCGCACCGUGUGUAUUAAUUGGAACAUGAAUUAAAACA